AUGAACGAAACAGCACUGAACUACAUUGGAUUGGGCAAUAUAUCGGAAAAAUUUAGAAAUGAGACGCCAGACAGUCUGCCACCGGCGUAUCCGACGGGCUACGAAAACAUCAUCGACAACAAAGGGCUGCAAGCCUUUUUCUGCGUCAUAUACACUAUCAUUUUCAUUUUGGGGUUAUCAGGGAAUGUCAUAGUCUGCUUCGUCGUUAUCAGAAAUAAAGCGAUGCAGACUGUCACCAAUUUGUUCAUCAGUAAUUUAGCUCUUUCCGAUAUUUUAUUAUGUAUAUUUGCCGUCCCUUUCACACCGUUAUAUUCCUUCGGGGGAUCAUGGAGCUGGGGCUCUCUCUUAUGUCACAUAAUGCCUUUCGCACAAGGGUGCAGCGUUUACAUAUCCACAUUAACACUUAUGUCUAUAGCUAUCGAUAGGUUCUUUGUGAUAAUUUACCCUUUUAGACCGAGAAUGAAAGUAGAAACUUGUAUAACCGUUAUUAUUAUGAUAUGGACUUUUUCCGUGACUGUGACGAUGCCGUACGCCAUAUUUAUGACUUAUUACGAUUUAGACAUAGGCAGAUUAUGUGAAGAGACAUGGCCGACCGAGAAAUUGAGACGGAUUUUCGGGUCGGUUACAUCUGUGAUGCAAUUCGUUUUGCCGUUCAUCGUGAUUGCAUUCUGUUACACAUGUGUCAGUUUCAAAUUGAAUGACCGAGCAAAAGCGAAGGCUGCCAGCAAAAACUCUCGCAAAGAAGAAUUAGACAAAAGCAGAAAGCGUAGAACAAACCAGAUGUUAAUAGCUAUGGUCACUAUUUUCGGGUUAUCGUGGCUACCUCUGAAUGUCAUUAACUUGUUCAAUGAUUAUUAUAUUUACGCGAUCCAUUGGAAAUACUACUUUCUAGUAUUUUUUAUAGGUCAUGUGAUAGCAAUGUCGUCAACUUGCUACAAUCCUUUCAUUUACGCGUGGAUGAACGAGAACUUUAGAAAGGAAUUUAAGCAAUUGAUCCCAUGCAUAGAUUCCUCAGCGCAGUUGAGGGGUAAUAUUCAAUUAGAGCAGUUGGGUGUUGGACAGUCUGAGAAAACAUUUAAUGGUAACACUACAACAGAUAGUUACUUAGGUUCUAGCUCACAAAGGGGUACGUCGUUUAGACAUAAAAGAAAACCUAGCGCUGCCGCCGAUGUUGAGAAAAGUGGAGUGGAGCUUAAUGAGGAUCUUCUGACAGUUGACGUGAAGCACUGUCAUAUAUCGACGAGUUAUAAUCUGAGGAGAGAAUCAGUGAAGUUAAGAUUGAUCAAUGAGGAGUCUUUCGACGGGGCACCUACACAGAGUCAAUUCUAACAGUUGAUGACACGGGUGCGGCACUGGAGACGCUCCCAACUUUGAAGAAAUUCUAGACAGAUUUAAGAGUGUCUAAUAUUUUUGGAAUGUAUUUAUUUUAUACUGACAACGUCUAUACUAUUGCACAUUGAUAUUACUAUUGA